AUGAAAGUUGCGAUGGUUGCUCGUGCAACCAAUAGCUUGCUUGAGUUGAGAACUUUUGCUGAAAAUUUGGGAGAAAAUAUCACGUUGUCCUUGGAAACUGACACAACUGGAGCAAAGGAAGAAGUAACAUUUCAAAGCAACCUUCAACCACUUUGUAUCAAGCGCAUAAAUUUGGUAAUACAAUCUUCAUUGAAACCGAGAUAUGAAUCAUUUCUUGCUGAAUUUUUUGGUUACUUCCACCCACGGACCUUGGUGGUGACAGUGAAUUCAGAUGCCCGAAAACAUGACUUUAUACAGGUCCUAAUGAAUGAGCUAGAAGGAUGGAACAGAGACGGUACCAAACGUUACAAACGUAGUGAGUACAUGUCUUGGUACAGUGCAUUGAAAAGCUUUACAGUCCUCAGAUCAACUGUAUUUGCAUGA